AUGGUUAUUACAAAUCUGGCAAUAUGCACUGAAUUAUGGAAACUUCUUAAUAAAGUUUUCUUUGAAGGUGCUGAAGUUAAUUGGGUUGGUUUUAAAGGUAGAGUUUAUCAAGUCAUACAUGAUAACUCUAUUCGUAUGAAGGAUUACACGUUUAACAUUAUGGAGGACCUUCGCAUUUGGAAUUAUUUCAAGGUUAAGCAUAGAGUUUCCAAGACCUCUAAGUUUAUUGAGAUCAGCUGGUCUUCUCCAGAACAAGGUGAUUUAAUGAUAUGUUGUGAUGGUGCAUCUUGUAGCAAUCCAUGCCAAGCUAGUGCAGGGAUUUAUUUUAGAGAUGCCAGUUCUUCUGUUGUGGGUGCUUUGUGUGUUGGUUUAGGCUGGAAAACAAACUAUAUUGCAGAAGUUAGUGCUGUUAUUUAUGGUUUGAUGCUGACAAGGAGAUGGAACAUGAAGAAAAUUUGUGUAAGGUCGGACUCAAUGAGAUGUCUACAAGCCUUGAAACAAGGUGAGUUUCCAUGGGAGUUAUUUCAGAAGUGGAAAGUGGCUUAUGCCUUUUACGAAAAUGUUCGCUAUGUACACAACUAUAGGGAGGUUAAAUUUUACAGCAGAUAA